AUGGCGCCGUGGUACAAGGAGAACACGAGCGUCAAGCUGUUCGGCGUCAACAUCAACUUAGGCGACUUGACCGCUCUCCCGCUAGCCGUCGGUUACGCUCUCUGCUCCAGCCUCCUCGCAAUCAUCAACAAAUUCGCCAUCGGCGUUUUUCCUUACCCGAGCCUCCUAACCUCUCUCCAGUACCUCACAUGCGUCGUCGCCGUCAUCACAUCCGGUCAAUUUAAACUCCUAGUCCACGACCCGAUCCGAUGGGACAUGAUCAAGAAGUUCAUUCCAGCUGCUUUCGUCUUCUACAUGGCGAUUUUCACCAACACCUCGCUGCUUCGCUACGCGAAUGUCGACACCUUCAUCAUCUUCCGAUCCUCCACGCCUCUCCUCGUCGCGUUCGCGGAUUACUUAUUCAGGAAGCAGCCAUGGCCAGGGCCUUACACUCUCGGAGCGCUGGUCGUGAUUCUAGUGGGAGCUGUAGGGUACGUGUUUACAGACAGCCAGUACACUGUCCGAGCUUACACCUGGGCCUUCGCUUACCUCUUUACAAUCACAUUCGAGAUGGUGUACAUCAAGCAUAUAGUCACCAGCCUGGGACUGAACACCUGGGGUUUCGUUCUCUACAACAACUUCCUCUCCCUCCUCAUGGCUCCCGUUUUCUGGAUGAUCACGGGCGAAUUUCGCGAGACGAUUAAAGCCGCGAGCACGGCGUCCUGGGAAUUCGGGAUCGUUUUUCCUGUGCUUCUGUCAUGCGCGUUCGGCCUCGCUAUUAGCUUCUUCGGUUUCGCCUGCAGAAAAGCGAUUUCAGCCACUGCGUUUACUGUACUUGGUGUGACGAACAAGCUGCUGACUGUCGUCAUCAACGUGAUGAUAUGGGAUAAGCACGCAUCCCCGUUUGGAGUGCUCUGUCUAUUCAUUACAAUCGUUGGUGGGGUGAUGUACCAGCAAUCUACUGUGAAGCAAAACUACCGUGGUGGUGGGGGAGGAGGGUCGGCCAAACGAGAGGAGCUGAAACCAUUGACUUCGCCCAAGGAUGUUGAAGCCCACAAGGAUCACGUGGAAGAGGAAGGAGCCGAAACUGCUGCUGAGCCGCAAUAG